AUGGAUAAUCACACAUCUGAAUUUCUUCUCUUGGAAUUUUCAAAGAUUUGGGAGCUACAGGUUAUUUAUGUAACUUUAUUACUGAUACUGUAUUUGAUGACAGUAACAGGGAACCUUAUCAUCAUCAUUGCUAUUGCUUCUGACCACCAUCUUCACACCCCCAUGUACUUCUUCCUGAUGAAUUUAGCCAUGCAAGACAUUGGUUCUGUUUCAGUUACUAUCCCAAAAGCUGUUUUUAAUUGCCUUGCGAAUAUAAGGCAUAUUUCUUAUUCAGGGUGUGUUGCUCAAAUCCUCUUGUUAGUGUUCUUCCUGGACUCUGAUGUUGCCCUCCUGACUGUCAUGGCCUAUGAUCGAUAUGUUGCCAUUUGCAAUCCUUUACACUAUGAAAUGGUAAUGAAUAGGAUGGCCUGCACCAAAAUGGUUGGCAGUGUGUGGAUUGCCAGUUUUCUUAAUGCUACACUACACACUAUUGCAACAUUUACUAAUCCUUUUUGUUCUAACAUUAUCAAUCAGUUCUAUUGUGAAAUUCCACAUCUACUUAACAUUAUCUGCUCCGGUUCAUAUGCAAUUGAAAUUGCAAUUGUAAUGUUUACUUCUAUAUUAGUAAUUGGUUGUUUUUUCUUCAUCAUUCUUACUUAUGUUCAAAUUUUCUCUGCUGUUCUGAGAAUCCCUUCUCUUCAAGGAAGAAAAAAGGCCUUCUCCACUUGCCUACCCCACCUCAUUGUCAUCACCAUAUUUCUGUUUUCUGGUUGCUUUGCCUACCUAAGGACCAUACCUGACAGUCCUUCACACCUCGACUUCAUAAUUACAAUAAUGUAUUCCAUUAUUCCACCCAUUUUAAAUCCAUUGAUCUAUGGCAUGAGAAACAAGUAUAUUAAAACAGUUUUUACAAGACUUCUUAGUUUGAAGUCUUAA